GUUUUAAACUAGUAUAUAUUACAAACUAUGAAGUAUUCGUUUAAACUAUACAAUAUCCAAAUAUAAAAAAUAAAUAAUAUUUACAGGCAUGGUUAUGGUCAUGCACUAUAUAGUGGACAAAAUCGUAAAACAAUAAGUAGAAGAAUUCAUCUAGACUCUUGAUCAAAAGCAAUCGAACGUUCUUGAUACACCCAUAUAGAUACUAUAAAUAGACAUCAACACUUGCACUUCACACACCAUCCCUCAGUUUCAAAACUCUUUGGUCCAACUCGAAAAAUGUCGUCCCGUGGUCGAGAAGUGGAAGUGACAAUCUCAUCAGCAAAGAACAUCAAGAACGUGAACUGGCGCAACGGUCCAAACAAGCCAUACGCCGUCGUAUGGAUCGAUCCAAAGUACAAAUACUCCACCAGAGUCGACGAGGAGGAGGACACGUCUCCCUCAUGGAACCAGACUUUUGUCAUCCCUCUGCCUCCGAGCAACGACGGCGACGAGGAUGAAAAGGUCUACAUAGACGUGGUGCACGCAGGAGGUGAAGAGAACACAAAGCCACUCAUCGGCUCCGCUCAUCUCAAACUCAAUGACGUCAUCGAUGACGUCGGCUUUGGUGUCCCCUUGGAGAAAACACUCAAACUCAAACGCCCCUCCGGCAGACCACACGGCAAACUCGACGUCACCGUUACCGUCAGAGACCCUCGGUAUCAACCGGCUUACCACGCGCCGCCGUACGGUUACACUCACGCGCCACCUCAACAUGUUUAUGGUGAGACAUAUUCUCACGCGCCGCCGCAACAUGUUUACGGUGACCCUUACGCGCCGCCGCAGACGUACGGACAGCAGGGGUACACAGCGGAGAAAGAGAAAGAGAGCAAGUUCGGUGGGAUGGGGACGGGGCUGGCGGUUGGGGCGGUGGCCGGAGUUCUUGGUGGUGUGGCGUUAGCGGAGGGGUUCGAUGCUUUGGAGGACGACAUCGCUGAGGAAGCAGCGGAGGAUGUGGAGGAGGAUGAUGAUGACGCCGGAGAGGAGGACGAGGACUAAACUGCUUAAUCAUAUUUAAUAAUUAUCUUUUGUCAAUAAGUCGUGAGUGAUCAUCUUAUCCGCAUGUCUCAGUUUGUUGAAACUAUUAAUAAUCCGACUAUAAAAGAACGGAAAAAAUAUCAUGAAAAUGUAAGGGCUUGUGCUUUACAUGAUGUAAUGAAAUAUAUCACAUUUUGAAAAUAUAUAAACUAUGAAUUUAUAACUUCUUAAGAUUCCAUGAUCAACUCUAAGAGAGGAACUUGUGAAGCUAGGAAG